AUGAACCCACCAACAGCCACAACAUCAACAACCUCCCUCAUUGAUAGGGUCGAGCCUCCGAAGCUGACCCGCAGCUUUUCCUUGCCAACCACCACAACCAAGACGACAGCGAAGAAGGAUUCGUUUUGGCGUGAGAGACUGCGCGCACGAUGCACCCCUCCAGUGGCUGGACAGGAAAAGUGGCGCGAUGCUACCCUGAGUGAGAAAGAGAGGUGGAAGGAGUGGUACAAGGCCAAGGACGCAGAGAGGAAAGCUGCGUCCGCUGCUGGGUAUUAUACAGGCUUUUACAAGGCCAAGGGCGGAUGGGCGUGGUGGUUGUGA